UUAGCAUCCAAAAACAAUAUUUUCUUAAGUCUUACAAAUUCAUUCUCUUUUUCAUGCACAGAAACUGUAGCUCAAUGGAUCAAUUAUAUGAAGAGGUUGAAGAACCAGUGAGUCCGGCAGGUCAAUAUUUCAACAGUUCUGUGAUAUGUUCGUAUGUUUUUGGCUUUCUUGAAAUAGAAAUUCCUAUUGAUGACUCAAUGACAAUACCUUUGAUUAAGGAUGUCUUCCUCCCCAUCAACCCACGUUUCUCCUCUAUCAUGAUAAGAGACGAAAAUGGUAAAAGGAGAUGGAAAAGGGUAGAAGUGAAGCCUGAAGAGCACGUAAAGAUUCCGAAAUUUCCAGAAUCUGAAUUAUAUGAUCAGUAUUUUGAUGAGUAUGUGACAAGGAUUCUGACUGAAAGAACACCUCAAAACAAACCACUGUGGGAAAUUCAUAUCAUUAAGUAUCCAACCAGCAAAGCUGCAGGCACAGUAAUUUUCAAGCUGCAUCAUGCUCUUGGAGAUGGCUACUCCCUAAUGGGUGCGCUUCUUUCUUGUCUUGAAAGAAUCGAUGACCCUUCUCUUCCACUAACUUUUCCUUCAAGAACAUCAUCAACUUCACAAGCUUCAAAGAAAAACGUGAUUCAGAAGUUACCUUCUUUUGUCUCUUCCUUUUUUAGCUCCUUGUCAGAUUUUGGAUCAAGCUUAGUGAAGACAAGAAUGGUUGUAGAUGACAAAACACCAGUAAGAUCUGGAUAUGAAGGAACUGAGUCCAUGCUUUUUGUCUUGUCAAGCAUAUCACUGUCUGUUGAUCAUGUCAAAGCAAUCAAAACCAAGCUUGGAGUGACGAUAAAUGAUGUGAUUACUGGGAUGAUUUUCUAUGGGAUUCGAUUGUACAUGGAAGAGAUUGAAUACAUGGCUAGAAAAGCAAAAUCGACUGCUGUGGUAAUGCUGAACACAAGAAAUGUUAAAGGGUACAAAUCAGUGAAGGAGAUGCAAAAUUCAAAGGUGAAAGGUUUAUGGGGAAACAAAAUUUCUUUCCUACAAAUACCUAUUCCAAAGCUAAGUCAAUCCAAAAGCUAUAACCCUCUUGAGUUUGUUUGGAAUGCCAGAAAACUUAUAAAGAAGAAGAGACGUUCUUUCAGUGUUUAUCUCAUAGGUUUGCUCUUAGAUUUGGAGAUGAAAUUAAAAGGCCCCGAGGCUGUGGCUAAAAUCAUCUACAAGACUCUAGGAAACUGCAGUGUUGUUAUAUCAAACAUUUUUGGGCCAUUGGAACAAAUGGCUCUGGCAAAUCAUCCCAUAAGUGGUUUAUAUUUCACUAUGACUGGUGGACCUGAGAAUAUAGACAUAACUAUUAUGAGCUAUGUGAAAGUGUUGAGAAUCACCUUCAGAACACUAAAGGGAUUCAUUGAUGAACAGAAGUUCAGGUUUUGCAUAGAGAAAGCCUUUGAUGUGAUAUUCAAAGCUGCCAUGGAGAUUUCUCAAACACCCAAUAACAAAUAAUUGAGACAAAUAUAUUUGUGACAUUGUCAUUGCACGAUGAGUCAAACAUUCAAGUUAAAGCAUGUAGCUGCUUAUUUAUUGGACCUUAGUUUUUAAAACAUUGAAUCUUCCCUUUCUUUUUAUGAAA